AUGUUGAUUGCCGGGUCGGCCUCCAAACGCUUUGAGAAAGUUUUCAUCUCGUAUUUCUCGCUCUUGUGUCGAGAAAUGUUCUUACGCAGCUUCUUCACUCGAAUUUUCGUGCUUGAGGAGCUUCUUAAACACAUUCGAGACUUGAUAUUCCGCGCUAAAGAGGAUCCGCAUCACCUUGUUACGAUCCGAGCGAAGCUAAACCAAGCUACGAACGACCUUAUUCUGUUUACAGACACGCUAGGAUACCUUCUCGAGUCGCUGGAAUUUGUCAAAAUUCCUCAAAAAUCACCCAACGCGAGUGAAGAAGAAGAGUCAAUCUUCAGCUACCUCGAUCUCAAGAAACAGCACCACGAUAUUUUACUGCGAGCUCGCGAUUUAGAGAAACUUGUACACGGUGCAAAAUAUGAGAUAGUUAACUUACGACAGAUGGCAGAAGUGCUCAACACCUCGGAACUCGAAGAUAUCUUCAAGACUGUCGAGGGCAAUACCAAGGCGCUUGCGGACUCUUCCUUAACGGUGGAACAUUGCGGCUCAUCGCUUGAAUUGGUGCAAGUGCUGCUUGCAGGAAGCUUCGCCUUUACCCUCCUGGAUAGGAUUCCAGGAGGUAGUUUGAAUGUGGAUAUGCCCGAGUGGGUGGAGACAGCGUUCGCAAAGACUAUAAUUGAAAAACCUCUGCUCUUCUUCGUGCUCAACAUUGUUUGGAUGGCUGGUUGUAUCUACGCUUUGAUACGAUACAAGAAGAAAAAAAGUCACGAAGUUGAAUACGGGCGACGAACACUACGUAUCAAAGUGAACAAAGCCAUUGAUAUUGAAAAAUUCGAGAUAUUCCUAGGCACUCGCGUACUAGACAAGCAAGAGAGUGUCUCUCAACUUGCGUCGGAAGUCCGUCGUGUGGUGUGGAAAGAUCUGGGGCUUCAAGCUUGCAAUGAUGAGCGGGCUCACCCGCGUAGAAGUAUAGCGUACGCUAAAGGUUCUUUAACGUGGAAGCACAAACUGACGGACGCCAUUAUGGCAAGACUGGGGAAGUGGAAAGCACGAAAAAACAGAAGCAGAGAAGCAGCUAAUGUUGCUGCGUCGGUAGGCAACGCGUCGCCUCUCAGUGCCGGCGCGGCUACGGGUAUGCUAGAACCCGGAAUACCCGUGGAAGUCGAAGUUGAGUAUGACAGUCGCUACGGUUUCCUGCUCUUUGUCACGCUUAAUUUUCAUAUUCGAGAGAAGGAGGUUCCAUUAUCUGAACGACUUCGAAGCUACGUAGCCCAAAUGACAGAACGUGUUCGACUUGGAGGAAGAACAGCACCUAAACCUAAGCGAAUGGCGGAUGAAUCCAUCUGUCCUCGGAAUGAGACUCUGAUCAUGGAGCAAGAGUUGAUGAGCUGGUUCGCUAUGGAAAUGAAGCAACACGGCGUCAUCAAGAGUGUCGACAUGUUUCUGACUGCGCUUUAAGAUCAGUAAGAAAUAAGUCUUGAGUAGAUAUGGAAAAAAAUGAAAG